CAAGAUUAGCAAAGCAUCUGUCUCAUUUUCACAAGGACCCGCCUCACUGCUUUUUCUCUCUCCUCUUUCUUUCUUUAUCUCUCUCUCUCUUUCUCUCUUUUUGUCUCAGUCCUCCGAUCAAUGUAUCAACCCAGCCACCCCUUUGUCUGACCACUACUCACUCCUCACUACUGUUCUCACUCACUCUCUACUCUCUACUCUCUACUCUCUACUCUCUAAAUUAUUCAUUUUAUCAACAAACCAAAUAUGUGAAAUUUCCACCAUUUUCACAAAUUCACUAGACCACAACUUUACAAGUGUGUACAAAUUACAAAUGGGGUCUGAGCAGAACAGAUUUCCGCAGCAAGAACGGCGUAAGAAAUGGGGUGGAUGUUGGGGUGGACUCCCUUGUUUUGGAGCACAGAAGGGUGGCAAACGUAUUGUACCAUCAUCCCGUACACCUGAUGGCAGCGCCGCAGCAAACCAGCCUAAUGGAGCUCAGGGUGUUGGUUUACCCAACCAACCUCCUUCUUUACCUCCACAUCUUCUUGCUCCUCCUUCUUCCCCAGCAUCCUUCUCUAACUCGGCUAUUCCUUCAACUGCACAGUCACCGCGUUGUCACCUCUCAUUGUCUGCCAAUUCACCUGGAAAUCCUUCCUCCACUAUGUAUGCAACUGGCCCGUAUGCUCAUGAGACCCAACUGGUUACUCCUCCUGUUUUCUCAACCUUUACGACCGAGCCAUCAACUGCUCCUUUGACCCCUCCUCCAGAAUUGGCUCACCUAACAACACCCUCUUCUCCCGAUGUCCCUUAUGCGCACUUCCUUUCAUCAUCUGCUGAUCUCAAAUGUGCUGGUAAAGUUUAUGCUUAUCCAUACUCACCUGGAAGUCCUGCUAGUAGUCUUAGAUCACCCGUUUCAAGAAUCUCAGGUGAUGGUUUAUCUUUUCCUGAGAGGGAACUCCCUUCUCACUGGGAUGUUUCUCUUUCCCCUAGAGGUGCAAAACAUCCAAGAAAUGCUUCAGGAGGAUGGCUUACUGACAACGGUUCUCAAUCUCAAGCUUCAAACUUUUUCUGUCCUGAAACAUUUGCUCAAUUUUAUCUUGAUCAACCGCAUUCUGGUGGGAGGCUAAGUAUUUCCAAAGAGUCAGAUGUCUACUCUAAUGGAACUGUGAAUCAGAGCAAGCAGAACAAAAACAGCAAGCAAGAAGCAGAAGAACUAGAUGCUUACAGAGCAUCUUUUGGCUUUAGUGCUGAUGAAAUGAUCACUACUAGUCAAUAUGUGGAGAUAUCUGAUGUUAUGGAUGAUUCAUUCACCAUGAUGCCUUGCACCUCUAACAAGUCACAUGUAGAAGAAGCAACAUUACUAGGAUGGGGACAUGGGGGCUCAAGAAGGUCGGAAAACAAUUCACCUGGUGAAAAAUCCGCAAAAUCAGGAUUGCAAAUGAAUGGAAGAGGUAGACAGGGGAUAGUUUCAUCCAAACAAUUUGGAGAUGAUGAGCAGGUUGGAAAUGUCUCUGGUCAGAGUACACCUAGCAACCGUUAUAAGACAGACGAUGAAGAUAUAUUUUCGAAUCUGGGAAAAUCGAAAAAAAGCAGAAAGUUAAAUAUGGGUCUAUCCUGCUCGGAUGCUGAGAUUGAGUAUAGGCGAGGGAGGAGCUUGCGAGAAUGUAGGGGAGAUCUUACAUGGCAUUAGUUGUUAGUAGUUAGCUCUUGAGUUGGUCAUGGUCCUUAAUUUCGAAACCCCUGAGAAUCUGAAGGCAACGUAUGAGUGUUUUUGUAACAGGCAGCAGCAAAUAGCAAGGGUCGGUCUAAACUUGUAACUGAGGUUAUAUGUAUGUAUGUCUGAGUUGAUGAUGUGCAUUAAUUGUCAAUAUCUGGUGUAGAUGUUGCAAGCCGGUGUGCCAUGGCCCUGAGUUGUUGUUUUUAAUUUAGCUUAGUUGCUGGUGUGGGAUAAUUGUGAUAUAGACUGUGUUUAGUCGCAGUGAGUUGUAAGUUGUAAGAAGCAAGAUACUUGAAAUUGUUGAUAUUUGAAGAUAGUUGAAAUUGGUUAUCCAUCUAA